GAACAUAAAAUCAAUACUGGAAUAAUUUAAGAAAACAAGACGAGUUUCGUUAGCGUAAUACAAUGUGUAAAAGAUAUGGUAUAUUUUCUUAAUAUAGAAUAUUUUUUUAAUGCACAAACGGUCGCUGUUGUGACUUUCUGUUAGCAUAUUAGCACAGUUUGGCUACGGAAGCAGACAGAGCAGCGCUGUGAAAAGCGCAGCGGGCAGCUCAGCCCCUUCAUUGUGACAGUGUAAGGUGUCGCAGUAAGCUUCUGGUCUGUCUGAGUGUCUGCUGGUACCAUGGCGCGGGUAGAAACAUCUUCCAACAGGCCUUACCACCUGGUCAUCUUCGGAGCCUCUGGCUUCACGGGGCAGUUUGUGGUGGAGGAGGUCGCCCGGACGGUGUCUGAGGGUCCCAACGGGAACUUGAAGUGGGCCGUUGCUGGCAGGAGCAAACAGAAGCUGGAAAAAGUUCUGGAGCAGGCCGCUGGAGUCCUCAGUAAGCCUGAGCUUCGGACAGAGGUGGACGUGAUCGUGGCAGAUGUAGGAGAACCUGACUCCCUUGCAGCUAUGUGCAAGCAGGCUGUGAUUGUUUUGAACUGUGUCGGGCCGUACAGAUUCUUUGGUGAGCAAGUGGUCAGAGCCUGCGUGGAGAAUGGAGCCCACCACAUUGACAUCAGUGGAGAGCCGCAGUUUUUGGAGGGCACGCAGCUGAACUACAGCAGCCAGGCAGCAGAGAAAGCGGUCUUCAUCAUCGGAAGCUGUGGGUUUGACUCCAUUCCUGCAGACAUGGGAGUCCUCUACACAAGAGAUCAGUUCAGGGGUACCCUGACUGCUGUGGAGAGCUUUCUGACUUUCAGCUCAGGACCUGAGGGUGGGUGUAUCCAUGAUGGGACGUGGCAGUCAGCCAUCUAUGGCUUUGCUGACAGCCAGAAGCUCCAGAGUCUUAGAAGGAAGUUUAAUCACAAACCUCUCCCCACUGUUGGCUCAAAGCUGCGGCGCAGGGGAGCACUGUUCUUCAGUAAUGAGAUCCAGCAAUAUUCAGUUCCCUUCAUGGGUUCUGAUCCGUCUGUGGUGAAAAGAACCCAGCGUUUCCUGUCGGAGGAACACCAAGACACACCGGUCCAGUAUGGCGCCUAUGCUGGAAUUGGAGGUGUUUGGAACAUUAUCAAGAUGAUGUUUGCCGGCAUGAUGUUCUGGUUCUUGGUCAAGUUCAGUUUUGGACGCAACCUGCUCAUGAAGUAUCCAGAGUUCUUCUCCUUUGGAAUGUUCUCAAAAGCUGGACCAACAAGAAAGCAGAUGGAGGGAUCAUCCUUCCAGUUCUCCUUCUAUGGUGAGGGUUACACAGACGAACAGGACCCCACCCAGGGAAAACCUAAUGCCAAGAUCCGCACUCUAGUUCAGGGACCAGAGGCUGCCUAUGUGGCCACGCCCAUCGCCAUGGUGCAAGCUGCUCUAACGAUCCUCAACGAACCUGCAGCUUUGCCCAAGAGAGGAGGAGUUUAUACUCCAGGUGCUGCUUUCGCUAAAACCACACUCAUCGACCGCCUCAACAAACAUGGCAUCCAGUUCUCCGUCAUCUAACGCUUGUUCCAUCCUUGAUGUUGUAGUCCAGUGAGCGGUACUAACAUGCAAAACAACCAGCACAACUUUCAGCUUUAGAAUAGACUUUGCUUUUUUUUUAUUAAAAGCAGCCUGUCGACGUUUAAGAUGAGUUCUUGGUGAUGUUUUCCACAUUUAAUCCUUUAACGCGCCAGAGCCUCUCUAGGUUCACGUUCAGCUUGACUAAUGUUAAAAUUUUGCUUGGAAAAACAAGCACAAUGGUUGCUGUGUUCCCCAGUCAGGGACAAUAAAAGAAUUGCUGCAUGUUAAUAGGUUUUGCAUGGUUCUCUGCUAACAUGAUUAGUGCUUCUAAAGACUUCAGGACAGAAAUUUGUUCACAUCAUGCCUCUGGAUGGAUAUUAAAGAGACAAUUAAUAUUCUA